AUGUCAACGUCUUUCCGCAUAAGUCAUGCUGAGCGCAAUUUCAGCGCCGCCUUCCGUCAACAUCGCCCCGAGAAGGCAGACACCGCCAAAGACGAGGCCGACCGCUUCAAGGCCCUUUUCGCUGACCUCGCGAGGGAGUGCUCGCCUGCUCAUGUCCAGGCAUGUUCCGACUGGGUGAUCGAUUAUGUGCUCCCCACGCCCGCACUGGUGGACGCUUUCGGUGGCUUCAUCACAGCCGUAUCAGCGGCGUACUCGGCCGAGAAGCAGAAGAAGGAGGGCAUGUCCAAAACAGACAUCAAGGCCAGCCUGUGGCCACUGACCUUUGUCAUCAACGAGCUUCUGCACACGACCAAGUAUCUCAUGCGCGACCGUCACCUCCACGAUGAGUGUGUUCCUCUCCUGCGUGUGCCCGUAAUCACCCUCAUCAAGGACCUGGCCACGUUCCCACGACGAUCCAAUCAGAAACACUUCAAUCGCCUUUUCGCCCUCCUCGCUCUUUGGCAUCGGCAAGGAUACUUCGACAAGCCGUACAUUCAGAGCUUGAAAACUCUCGUUGAGAGCGAGGGACAGCAAUUACCUACCGAAGCCAAGGAAUUUGCUUCGUCGAAACAGAAACGGGGGCAUGGAGACACCGAUGCACCGCGCAAGCGGAAGAAACUCGAUCCAACAAAGGGCAUCCAAGUCCUUGGCGGCAUCGAUAAUGUAGGGGAAGAUGGCGAUUGGAAACUGCCAGACUGGCACGGUGGCGAAAACACACCCUGGCAUCUGCUGCCAGCGGCCAGCUGGCUUCGACCGUUGCGAAGUACGGACCACGACAGCGGGCAGGGUAUGAAGAAGAGGGAUGUCAAGGCUAUCAAGUUUGGAGGCGACACGGUCUCAAAGCACGUGCGUAAGGAAGUCCUCAAAUUGCUGAAGCAGGCAGAUGAGCUGUACAACCCGACGCCGGAUACAGGAAAGCGCAUCGAGUAUGAUCAGCUGGGACGCAAAAUGGAGGUGAUCAAGAUACGGAAAUGUGCGGACGGUAAGGUUAGGAAGUAUAUCAGAUCCGAUACGUAUUACGGCUGGUCCACCAAGUUCCUGGACGAAAUGUACCAUCACCCAGAAAAGGGCUUCCUCGCCCAAAUGCGGAAACGCCCCUCGCGAAGUUCAUCUAGCAGAUCGCAUUCGCCUUCUCCAAAAUCAUCAUCACCACCACAUCGCGACGAUGACCCGUCGACAGCUCCUCAACCUCAUCAGCAACCAACAUCUGCAGCUCCAUCGCAUGGCUGUCCAUCUUCCGGGCCCCAAAACACGAACUACCCACCCCCUCCGCAAUACCCUCACCAACAAUUUGGCCCACCACCUCCGAUCCCCCCUCCGUGGCUGAUGCAAGGCCAACAUCAAAUUCCCUUUCCUCCCCCACCACCACUACCACCGAAUGCACAAUGGGCACCACCACGUCCUCCGCCUCAUUUGCAACAGCAGAAUCAAGGGCCGUCACCGCCGCCACCGCCGCCACAUCCUCAUACCCCAUUCUCGAUGAUGGGACAAAACGGUGGAUGGUCUCAACAUGGAGCUCCGCAUCUACCUCCCCCACCGCCACCUCCACCUCCGCAGGGUAAUUUCAGGGGAACUUCUAGAGGUGGGUUUAGAGGUAGCUAUGGAAAUCAGGGCAAUCGUGGGGGGUACGGUAGGCCAGGAUAUUAA